AUGACCGCUGAGGAGCCAUCUACUGCCACUACUGUGAAGGCUGCUGCUAAGCAAAUUAGCAGCGAUGCCAUGACUCUUUUUAUGAAGAAAAUCUGCAAAUUCAUGAAUAAGAGACACUUCAAGACGGAAAGUAGCAAGCCGAAGCGAGGUGAGAAAAAGAAAGAUAAGAAAAAGAAAGAGCUGAAGAAUCUCAUUGCGGCUGAAAGCAAAGCCAAGUGGGACGACAACGACUUAGAUGAUUCAUCAUCCAACGAAUCAAGUGAACUUUCUACUUUAUGUGGAUCGAACAUGGCACUAAUCUUGUUUAGUGAAAGCGGAAGAGCAUACUCUUUUGGUAAUCCUAAUACAAAUGUGAUAUUUGAUCGAUUUAUGGGUGUUGUUCCCGAAAGGGUGUUUGAUUCAACAUUCCAUGAACUCCUCGAGGCUCAAAAGUCUCCACAUGUUCGAUAUAUGGAAGCUCAAAUAAUGGAGGCUGAAAAGACACUCGCUCAAGAGCAAUAUGCGGGAAAAACAUUGUCACUAGAGAUGACCGAACAUGCUAAGGAGAAGUGGUGUGAGCAACCAAUUGAAGAGAUGAACUCAUUGCAAUUAAAAUGGAGGAAGCGUGAGAUGGAGGAACUAAAGAUGGUCUUUGAACAAGAGAAGGAGUUGAAGAUGGCCACAGAAAAUCAAAAUCCUUUGUUUUUGUUGGCUAUGAAUAGCCAAAACUCAAUUUAUUUUUAA